CUUGGACCGUGUGAUAAUCUUUCUAGCGAAGAUAUUGUAAAAGACAUCCAGAAGCUAAAAUCGCCUCUUGUAAUUGAGGCAUGCUCCUAUAUACGUGGUGAAGUUUCACGUUACGCAGCUCGUGACCCGACAUCUUUAACCUCGUCAAGUUUACAAUUACAGG